CCUUUCCAAGCUACGCCAUGAGCCCAUGCGGACGUGGCGACCACUGACAUCUGGGAGGUGCCUUCGGGUCUCCAUUCUGGUGCUCAGUGCCACAUGCAUUGCCAGCGUGCUGUCACGGAUUCUGUGGCGAAAGCCCUGCUGCUUUCAUGGGACCUUGGGACUGUGUUCCUGGAUGAUGGAAGGUGCAGGCCUUCUACAGCUUCUGGCGGCGCGCGAGGAACUGAGAUGUCAAUAUGCUGGCAGCUGCUAUGCUCGCCGCCGCAGUGGCCUCGCGAUGGCCUUGCUGCUGCAUUCGCUGUGCGUCAUGCUCUUCUAUAGCGACCAAGCCUUCAGCCGCACCAUGCUGUUAGUGGCAGAGCUAUUGGUGUUGACCUGCAGCUACCAGGACCUCACCUUCGCCGGGGCCUGCCCCGAGCUGGGCGAGUAUGUGGUGCGCGCUGGUGCUGGGGCAGGAAUCGCUUGGGCCUGCAUCGCCUUGUGCUUCGAGGCGCAGCACUUUGCCAAGCAGGCGAGUGGCAGUUGGUUCCUGCCGCUGUUGCCCUUGGCGGUGGUACGGGGUUUGGCGCUGGCUGCAGGGCUGGCAGUCUUCACCAAAUACGACUGGGCCUUCGCCACCUUAAUGUCCAUGGGACUCUUCGAGAUGUCGCAGGUGGCCACGCUGGAAGGCGACGCCACCUUCGCGCGUCUCUGCCGCCUCUGCUCCGCCCUCUGUGCGUUGGGUGCGCUGCUGGCGCUGCGCUGCACCUGGCGACAGCUGAAACGCGCCAACCGGCGGCGGGACGCUCCGUGA